AUGAAGCCGGCACUGCUGACCACCUUCCCCCCCGAGCGCGCGCGGUGGGUUGCCGAGGAGCGUGCCCGCUUGGAGGCGGGGCAGAUCGGGGGCAUCCCCGACGUCGAGGAGGCGGCGGAGGAGGACGUCGCGGACGACGCCGGCCUCGCGCGGCGCUCCGCACGUCGUCCGCGGGACUUCAUGUUCCGGCGCGACUUCCAGGACCUGAUCCACAAGAUCGAGACCAACUCCAGGGAGUUCCAGGCGGACGGGAAGAUCCUGCGCCUGAAACAAUACAUCCCCUCGGAAGUGCGGUCGGCGGAGAUCAACCGCAUCCUGGACGCGCUUUGGCUCAACGAUCGCAUCGAGGUCCUGUACAUUCAGAACUUCGAACUGGCCAUGUUCGACGAGCAGUUGGACAAGAUCGUCGAGCUCUGUCAGUCCAAGUGGAACAUUUACGCCGUGAACAUCGGAGAGAACGCGGAGAUCUCCAUGAAGGCUUGGGACAAGUUCACCCAGGCGCUCCCGCUGACGAACAUCGCCUACAUGUACAUGAGCGAGCAUCUCGUCGUCAAGAUGCCGUGGCUCAAGGACAAAAUGCGCGAGAACAUGCGCGAGAACCGGAAGCGCUGUCACAUCCUGGACAGAGACCCGCAGGUGGUUCGCCUGACUGGGAACAUGUGGUGGAACCCACGAGCUGAGCUCAAGCGCUACCACGAGCGCAAGCACCUUGCGAUCGAGGAGAGGCAGCGUCAGAGCAUGCUCUCCCAGCUGCGCGCUGAGGAGGUCAAAAUCAGGGCCCGAAAGGCUCAGCUCACGCGACAGCGGGCACCUGCUUCGAAAAGCGCGAAGAAGGAAGAACUGCACUGCCCGCCGCCUGAGCUGGUGGUUGCCAUGUCCAGUCGCACGGGGCGGGUGGUGAAGCGGCCGCUCUCAGACGCAGAACGGGGCCUUGGCGUGACGAGCGGGGUGUUCAACAGCAUGAGCAAGGCUGGGCACGUGUACAACGCCAAUCGCGUCGCGGAGAACAGCGAGUUCUUGGACCAGCAGCUGCUCAACAUUGCCAAGCUCGUCCGUCAACUUGAAUUGGAGCGCCAACAAGCGCGGGAACGAUUCAUCCAGUCGCAGAAGACGUAUGUGCAGGGAGAGGCCGAGGAGGACAUGCUGGACGACCUGCCCGCACGCCUGCGGCAACAGAACUGUCACCGAGGCAGCCCUGCCGACAAACCUGGCGCAGGCAUGCAGAUGUGCGCGGCCUCCCCGCGCAGCAUCGAAGGGGGCGAGGAUGACCGCGACGCUCCUGCUGCUGCGACGGAGCAGCCGGGGCCCACCGUUUCAGGCGUCGGCAGCGACAUCUUCGCGGGCAUCAGUGGUUUCCGUAUCCCCGGCGCACUCACGUCGAACGCAAUCGGGGGAAACAAGCGGAACCUGUACACGGUCGACAACGUGGUCGGGAGCAUGCUUGCGCCGAACAAACCCAAGAAGCCUGUGGCGCCAAAGACGGAUCUGAAGGACUCGACUGGGGCGCUUUCUGAAGAGGAACAGGCAUUCCUACGCUGGGCAUGGCAGGUCGUCAACCCCGGUUACACGGGCAGUCAGAAUCCGGUCGCGCGUAACGAAAAACCGGAAAGGGAGGUCUUCAUCGAGGUCGUCGCUGAACCGUUGCGCUGGUGGAUGCAAGACGGGACGCCUCACAAGCACGACACGUGGGAGACCGAUGACGACAUCGCGCGUCACUUCCAGAGGGUCGGAACGCUCACGGAGAAGGCGAACAGGUUCCGCUUGCACAAGCACGUCGUGACGAAGUGCCUCGGGCUCACUGACGAGCAGCUGCGCAACUUCAACCCCUUCCUGCUGACGAGCGACGAGAUGUCGGCGUUGUUCAUCGGCACGAUCAACAUGUGGAGGACGGACUUCCGCCUUGCUGCUCACUUCCGAGUUCCGGCAGACGCGCUGCACAGGGCGACGCUGAAGAGCCACGCAUUCCCGCUGCCGCGCUUCCUCCGGGAGCAGAUCAUCGACGGCUGCUGCAUCAGGACCGGAAACACAAAGCUCGACAGCUCGCUUUCAAGGCGAGAGAAGAACAAGUACAGGCUGGCGAGGGUCCACGUCUCACUGGACGUCGGACGCCACGAUCGCGUGGCGCUGAAGAUGCGCGUCGGGCCGCGAGAGGAAGGCGCGCCUGUUCCGCAGAAACGGCAGCGUGGAUACGUGGAAGAAGUUCCGGACAGCAGCAGUGGGAGCGAAGAGAGCGACGACGGAAUUAUCGAGGGUACGCGCGAGAGGAAGAGCAAUCGGCGGCUCCUUGCAUACGAUGAUCCGAAGGCCUACGCCACAGGUGCGGCAACGACAUGA